GAAUCAGGCACAAGAAAUAAUGUCCAAUUUCGUUAUGCAAAUUGGGCAGCCCAAUGAUAGGUCAUGACAGGUCACACAGGUCAAUGCAGACAACUGGUCACAUGGUCACACGAUCGGAGAAAAACAUAGUCUUGUUUAGUGUAUUUCCAUCUGUACUAAACUAGUAUGAUGGCGAAUCUUGCCGUGUUGAACCUUGUGAUCGUCGCUGUUGGUAUAGCACAAGGCUUGUCAGUUCGGGACUUCCCUGAAGUGAAUGACAGGCCGAUCAUCGGUGUAAUUGCACAGGCUUCAGGAGGAGCCAUAGCAAAGUUCGGGAAAACCUACAUCCCUGCCUCCUACAUCAAGUACUUGGAGAGUGCAGGUGCUCGUGUGGUGCCAAUCAGGGUUAACUUGACUACAGCUGAAUACACCAAGCUCUUCAACUCCUUAAAUGGGGUCCUGUACCCAGGGGGCAGUGUUAACCUGUUCACUUCUGGCUAUGCCAAGUCAGCCAAGAUAUUUUAUGAUCUUGCUAUCAAGGCUUUUGAUGAAGGGGACUACUUCCCUGUGUGGGGGACCUGUAUGGGGUUUCAGCAGCUGACAGCCCUGACCAGUGACAGGAAUGUGCUGACCACUUGUAAAGGAACAGAAAACAAAUCUUACAAACUGAACUUCUCAAAAGAUUACAUGUCCAGCAGGAUGUUUGGUAAGGUUCCUGUGGACAUCCUGACAGACUUGGCAACUUUACCUCUCACACCAAACUUCCACAAGUACUGCCUCACACCUCAGAUUUUUACAGAUGAUGCAAAGUUGAAGAGCUUUUACAAGAUUCUGUCCACAAAUACUGAUGAUGAUGGUAUGGAGUUUGUGUCCAGCAUGGAAGCCAUCAAAUAUCCCGUCUAUGGAGUCCAGUGGCAUCCAGAGAAGAACAACUUUGAAUUUGGCUCUAUACUGAAGAUCACACAUUCAGAUGCUGCAACCAGGGUGUCACAAGCAAUGGCAAACUUCUUAGUUAGUGAAGGUGUAAUUGCACAGGCUUCAGGUGAAGCCAGAGCAAAGUUCGGGAAAACCUACAUCCCUGCCACCUACAUCAAGUACUUGGAGAGUGCAGGCGCACGUGUGGUGCCAAUCAGGGUUAACUUGACUACAGCUGAAUACACCAAGCUCUUCAACUCCUUAAAUGGGGUCCUGUACCCAGGGGGCGGUGUUAACAAGUUCACUUCUGGCUAUGCCAAGUCAGCCAAGAUAUUUUAUGAUCUUGCUCUCAAGGCUUUUGACGAAGGGGACUACUUCCCUGUGUGGGGGACCUGUAUGGGGUUUCAGGAGCUGACAGCCCUGACCAGUGACAGGGAUGUGCUGACCACUUGUAAAGGAACAGGAAACAAAUCUUACAAACUGAACUUUUCAAAAGAUUACAAGUCCAGUAGGAUGUUUGGUAAGGUUCCUGCGGACAUCCUGACAGACAUGGCAACUUUACCUCUCACACCUAACUUCCAUAAGUACUGCCUCACACCUCAGAAUUUCACAGAUGAUGCAAAGCUCAAGAGCUUUUACAAGAUUCUGUCCACAAAUACUGAUGAUGAUGGUAUGGAGUUUGUAUCCAGCAUGGAAGCCAUCAAAUAUCCUGUCUAUGGAAUCCAGUGGCAUCCGGAGAAGAACAACUUUGAAUUUGGCUCUCCACUGAAGAUCACACAUUCAGAUGCUGCCACCAGGGUGUCACAAGCCAUGGCAAACUUCUUAGUUAGUGAAGCCAGAAGAAGCCAGCACAAGUUUGCCAGCGCUGAGGAAGAGCGCUCAGCUCUAAUCUACAACUACACUCCUGUGUACACUGGGAGAACAGCUCCAGCACAGUUCGAGCAGUGCUACUUUUUUGAUUAGGAAAGUAAAUGAUCUUACAGGAUCUUAAUGCAGUUAUAUAUUUUAAGUUGAUGGUGGCUUAGAGAUGGGCAAGCAAUGAAAAGCAAGAUAUGAGGUUUUAAUUCUUUAUAUUUUUACUGAAGAAAGACAAGUGUGCUUUUAGAAAUUGCUUAUAAGUUGCUUCUUCCAUGUGCAAAACAGUAUCUUUUAAACAUACUUGGAUAGCUCUUCAUGUUUUAUGUAGUAGCCCCUUUCAGACUUCCAUGUCAUGUUAACAAAGAAAGUGCAAGUUGUGAUCCAGGUAUGAUAUCUGAAGUGUGUAAGAUGAGUAAUUAGCAGAGCCCAAGGUGUUUUAAGUGCCAUAUAAAGCAAGCUUUACAAACAUGGACCAAAUUCCUGUGUGUCUAUUAGUAACUCUAAAAUGAAAUGAAACUGCUAUGACCUAGCCUGGAAUCCAGCCGUAUUGUGCUUUGGUCGCUCCCGAGGUUCGCUUCCUGACAAUACGACUGGCCUUCGUUACCAUUCGAACGAUCGGCAUUUCAAUAUUCGCACGCUUUAUGUGUGCGAUUUCUGAUUGGCUGUUAGCACCACCAAGGUGGAAAUCGAACACAAUCAUGUUUACAGUUUGUAAUCGAACGGAACACUACUUCUAUCUUUCGACUCAUUAGUAACGUAAGGGCCGAUUGUUCCAAUCCUAACGAAGGCCAGACGUGUUGGCAGGAAGCAGAGCGACCAGAGCACAACACGGCUGGAUUCCAGGCUAGCUAUGACCAAGGUUUUAAAAAAAAACCUUGCUUAUGAUGAUUUUCCAGAAUUCAAUCUUAUAAGAUGUUAAAAAAAAUGGAAUAAUUAAUGCAUUGACAUGUGGAAAAAGUCUAAAAGUGUAGAAAAGAUAAUGAAGGAUAGCGUUACUGGAUGAACGAUUAUGAUAAUGUACAUGUACUACAAUUGAACACUUUCUGAAGAUUGCUAAAAUUUUGAAGACACUUUAUAUUAGUUGUACGCUGUACAUAGCCUGAGUAUCAUCUUCCGUAGUGACCGCUGGCUCAUGACUUUCGCUUGUUAACCACACAAAAGUCGUGAGCCAGUGGUCACUACGGAGGAUGAUACUCAGGCUAUGCUAUACAUGUAACUAACUUACAUUAUGUUACACUAGUACUGCUAUAACAAGAAUAUGAUCUAUGCAAACUGUUUCUUUUUAAAAGUGCUAAAUGCAGUAUUUAUGGUGCCUGUAAGGACUGUCUAUUUCAGAUCACAUUGCUGCUAUGACUUUCAAAAAUGCACAUCUUGUGUGAAUAUUACUCAUCUUCUGGGGUGAUUUUAUUGAGUUUUACUGUA